CACGAACACAAGCAUUUCCUACGAAUUUUUUGGUUUGUUUGGAACUGCUUGAAAUAUCCUUGACUUGAGGACGAAUUUGCAGGGCAGGGGUGCACUCCCUGUGCACCACUUGUGUCCGUUGCUGGCUGAGCAAUGGUGCUCAGCGUGUUUAUCUUGAACUGCAGCCCCCUUCCAACCAUCGGCGCACAUCAAAACAGAUCGCUGCCUCUGGCACGGUGGGCAGUCGCCUGCAGAUGGACACCCGUCCAGGCCAGAUGUUCGCUUCCCUCGCGACCUCGCGCAAAAUGCAGGGCCACCACCACAUGCAUAGCCGAGGUGGCGCCUCCCAGGCUUGGAGGGUUCGCUGACGUUCAGUCCGAAGCAGAAUUCGUGGCUGUUCUGAAGGCUGGAGUGGCUGCAAAGAAGAUUCCUGAGCCGCUCCUGCCUGGGUUUCUGGACUUCUACAACAAUUACAAAACUGCGGUGGUGAACAGCGGAGUGCCUGGUGCGGACGAGAGGCGGGUGGCACAGGUGAUGGGCGCGAUUGCGGAUCGUGUCUGCGACCAGUUCGUCAAUCCCUACAUAUUCCCCUCCUUCCACGAGCGCAUCCUGGAGCCCUACAACUACUAUCAGUUUGGCCAGAACUACGUGCGCAACCUCGUCAACUUUGACAUCUCUGUUGUGGGCCACCUGGACAACUUUGACAAGGCUGCAGAGUACUUGGCCAGGGGAGACAACGUCAUCAUGCUGGCCAAUCACCAGACAGAGGCUGACCCCGCCGUGUGGGCGUUGCUGCUGGAGAAGACGCACCCCAGCCUGGCGACAGGUGUGAUCUACGUGGCGGGCGACCGAGUGGUGACGGACCCGCUGUGCAAGCCCUUCUCCAUGGGGCGCAAUCUGUUCUGCGUGCACUCCAAGAAGCGCAUGGACGAUUUCCCCGAGCUCAAGGCCGAGAAGCAGCGCACCAACCGCCGCACCCUCGCCGCCAUGGUCAAGGGCCUCCGAGAGGGCGGCAAGCUGCUGUGGAUCGCGCCGAGCGGCGGUCGCGACCGGCCGAACGCGGAGGGGACCUGGAUGCCGGCUGCUUUUGACCCGUCCUCGGUAGACCUCAUGCGCACGCUGCUGGCGCAAGCCAAGCGGCCGGGGCACAUGUUUCCGCUCGCCAUGCACAGCGGCGAGAUGAUGCCGCCCCCGCCCGAGCUGCGGAAAGGCCUCGGCGAGCGCCGCCUCACCUCCUUUGUCGGCGUUGGUGUGUGCCCCAUAUUGCAUCUGGAGCGCGUUUGUGUCUAUAAGCAGCAUAUGCACCGUUGGGGGCAUGUUGUUGCUCAGGCUGCCGCGUUUGAUGCAGUCACAAAUGAGUAUACGGCGCUGGAGGCUGCCAUCACAGACCCUGCCAAACGAGCAGCCAUGGCUGAUGUCUACACACAGCCCUGGCGGCAAUGA